AUCCUCUCAAUUGAAGCCAUUCCCACCUUGGGCCAUCCAAUUUCAAUUUCACAUUUCAGGUCAUACUCAGCGUCCGGCUCUCGCCGUCUGCAGGGUGGUGGCUUGGUAGGAUCGAAUAUGAAAGCGGCCGCAAACAAGAUGCAAGCCCAGACUUCAGCUUGUAACCUCUCUUGGUUGCUCACCUUCGUUUUUCGCGUUGGUCAGGACCGCGUCGAGUGUCUCUCCCUAACGUCAGCUCAGAGCGUCCAGUCGCCAACCGGACCCUCAGUUCAAAUCGACACCAUCCCGUCAACAACGGCGCGCAAAAGCUCAAGUUUGCUUAAUGUACCGAUUCUGCAUCCUGACUUCGCUUCAACAUGUUCCCAAUGUCACUCCUUUUUCGGUCGCCUAGCAUUGCUCCUGCGUUAUUGUCAUUGACCGUCAUCUGCGCCUUUCUUCCUGCUCCCUCAUUCGUUGGGGCUGUUGAUUUGGAGACGGUGCUUGCUGGCCAGGCAAAUCUUACAACAUUCAGUGGCUUAGUUAAGAACCACUCUGCCAUCUUUGCAAAUCUUCCGGAUGAGGUUACGAUCAUCGCUCCGAACGACAAUGCCUUCAGGAAGCUUGGGGACUGGCCGUCUUUCAAUGAGAGCACGGUGGAGGCAACUUUAAAGUACCAUAUCCUGACGAAAUAUCUCUCGAUGACUUCCGUGGUCAAGGGUGACUCCAUCUGGGCGUCUACAACGCUAAAUGACUCGGAUUUCUCAACCGUCAAAGGCGGGCAGCGUCUAAUCUUAACCAAGCAACCCGGGGGUGAAGUGGUGCUCACGUCAGGAUUUGCCACGAGGGGCACGGUUGUGGUCGAGGACCUCGCAUUCGAUAAGGGGCUCGUCCAGGUGAUCGACUCGGUGAUGCGCGUUCCGGAGCCGCUAGAAUCUACGGCCCGCAAUGCCUACACCGACCUCACGGCCUUUCUCGGCGCCCUGUACGUGAGCGGUCUGAUGAGCGAAGUUGCCAGGGAGGAAGAAGUCACAAUUUUCGCGCCACACAACGCUGCCUUCCAGCAGCUGUCCGGGGUCUUUGAGGGCAUGGACGCGGAGAAGCUCAAGCGCAUCCUCAGAUACCACCUUGUCCCUGGCAACGUGUCUCACAUCUGGGAGCUGAAGAAUGCGAGCUCUCUGACGACGGCCGAAAGCGGCCAGCUGCUCAUCACCCGCCACAACAACUACGUCUAUGUCAACGCGGCCGAGAUUAUUCAGACCGAUAUCCUUCUCUCAAACGGGCUGGUACACAUGAUCGACAAUGUGUUGAAUCCCGACCUGGAGGCGGCACUCCCGAACUUGAACACAACUGCCCAACCACCAGCUUUCACACUCAUGGGUGCCACGGCGACGGGAACGUCCGUUCCGACACCUUUCACUUCCAACCUACCAUGCACGGCUAGCUGCCCUGUGACAUCUACUCAGCCAACCAGUGCUGGUACUGCUACGGUUUCCGGGAGCGCUGCCAGCAGCGUGGGAGGGGGUUGA